AUGGCCAUGGAUCGGGAGCUGCCCAUCCCAAUCCUUGAGGAGCAGUGUGCUCACUGGAUGGCUGUGUUUGCUGCUUCCCAAGAGUAUUCCAAAAUCAACUGGGCUUCUGAAGAGAUGCAGAGUUCGGGGAAUGAUAUUACAGACACAGUGGGCGGACACCCCGCCAGCCACUCUCGGGGUCUGCGGGUGUCAGCGCCCGAUCACACUCGCGCAAAGGCUGCCCUCGCCCGAAGACGCGCGCCUUUGAAGGAGCAACCGAGCGCUGCUCCCGGUCCACGGACUCAUGGCGACGAGCAACCCGCCGCUUCUUCCCCCGCCGGGGCUGUCCGUUUCGAUGCCCAGAGCACCCCCGGCAGGGUCGGGGCUCCCUAUGCCGCCCACCUUCCUUCGCCCUCCCAGCUUCUUCAUGCGCGCCGCCGCCGCCGCCGCGGCUGCCGCAGCCGCCGCCGCCUCGGCGGGAAAUCCUUCCAGCUGCUACGCGCAGGCGGCGGUGGGGCUGGAGCGCGGCGUGUGUUACCGCGCACGCCGAAGUGCGCCCGCUGCCGCAACCACGGCGUGGUGUCGGCGCUGAAGGGCCACAAGCGCUUCUGCCGCUGGCGGGAUUGUGCGUGCGUCAAGUGCGCGCUCAUCGCGGAGCGGCAGCGCGUGAUGGCCGCCCAGGUGGCGCUGCGCAGGCAGCAAGCGCAGGAGGAGAUCGACGCGCGGGGCGGAGGCGGCGGGACUCACCCCAAUCAGCAGCAGAAGCGGACGCCUGUUGCGGUCCGCCUGAGCCCGGAGAGACAGGCGGCCGGCGGCGCCAGAGCUGAAAGCGAGCCGGCUCCCAAGAGUUACUGCCCGGAGUUCCAGCGCGGGCGAAGAGAAGAGAAGAUUCAGAAGUACGGCUUUUACUGCAGUGAAUCGGGCGGUUCUGUAGUCCAUUUACUUACACCCUCUCUGACAUCUUCUCCUGAAGCUGCUGGAAGCAAUCAAGAGAAGCCAUCCGGGAUGCUGGCUUUAAGCAAAGAGAUAUCUUUAUCGGGUCCUGAUGAAUCUUUAGAAGGAACCGACAGCCCAGCCUCCCUGUCUUCUUCAGACAUGGAAUCAGGAAACGAAAGCGAGUGUACCAAGGAUUUUGUUCCCUGUAAUGCCAGCGUCCCUGCUCCUCCUCCUCCUCCUCCUCUUCCUCCUCCUCCUGCUGAUGGUGCCUUAAAGCGCAGAGACCCACUUAAUAUUCUUACAAAGGUCUUUCCCAGUCACAAACCAAGCAGGCUAGAAAGAGUUCUGCAGCUCUGCAGAGGAGACAUAGUCCAAGCUAUAGAGCAGAUCCUGAAUGCCAGCGAACACAGGGCAGGAUUCAGAGAGCUGACAAUUCCAGUCUUGCCCGAAUGCAGUGCUUUCCAGAGAUCUUCUGAUUUUGGCCUCGGAGUAGAUGUCGCAGCACUUGGCAAUAAAUCAGCAUUUGCUCCUCUUCAAACCAGCUCGGCCUCUUCCAGAAGAGAGAUGAAUUUUUAUGGCUUAAGCCCUAGACUGGGAAUUGGACCUCUAACAGUGACUUAUUCUUCUCCAGGAAGAACUUUACCUGGAUUGAUGGCACCAUACCUAAGGACUGGCUUGUUUCCUGCUUUUCCUUUUCAUCCAGUGAUGGAUUCUUCCUUUCCAGGAGUGAUCAAGGAUGCAUCUUACUCACCCACUGAAGACAGGCUUUUCAGUACCAAGAUGCACACUAAGUUAAAUGAAGAGCGCAAAUAG